GCACGAAUUCGAAAACCUAAGGGGUUCCAGAUGAUCCGACCCGAACAAGGGAGGGCAGGUCCAGAAGACUCGGUUGCUUCGGAACCCGGAGCGUGAAGGAUGGCGACGACGCCGAUGGUGUCGGCGAACGCCGCUCCCGGUAAUCAGAACUUCGAGGGGAACGCCGUCAUGGCGGCAGCGCCUCCGCCUCCGGGGACGGACAUGACGGGGAUAUGCUUCAAGGACCAGCUGUGGUUGAACACGUACCCUUUGGACCGAAACCUCGUAUUCGACUACUUCGCGCUGUCCCCUUUCUACGAUUGGGCCUGCAACAACGAGCAGCUCCGUAUGCGUUCCAUUCACCCUCUCGAUGCCUCUCAUCUCUCGAAAAUGACAGGCACGGAAUAUGCCUUGAGUGAAGUUAUGGAACCCCACCUCUUUGUUAUUCGCAAACAAAAGAGGGAUAGUCCUGAAAAGGUCACACCAAUGCUGACUUAUUAUGUUUUUGAUGGUUCCAUUUAUCAAGCUCCACAGCUGUGCAAUGUUUUUUCAGCUCGAAUUGGAAGGGCUCUGUAUCAUAUAUCAAAGGCUUUUACAGCUGUUGCAUCGAAGUUGGAAAAGAUUGGAUACGUUGAUGCUGAAAAUGAGAGUGCGGCCUUUGAAUCGAAGGUUGGCAAAGAGACAAUUGAUUUUAAAGAAGUCAAGCGAGUAGAUCACAUUCUUGCAUCCUUACAACGCAAGCUACCGCCAGCCCCUCCACCGCCACCAUUUCCAGAAGGUUAUGCUCCACCUGCAGCUGCGGAAGGGGAGAAAGGCUCUGAACACCAGCAAGCGGUGGAACCCCAACACCCUGCUGUUGAUCCCAUUAUUGACCAAGGCCCAUCCAAAAGAAUCAAAAUUUAGAAGAACGAGCAGUUGUGUUCCAUCUCUUUGGAGGCUGUCAAACAAGACCUUUUCUGCAUCCUCAACUACGCAAAAAGCAGAAGCUACCUGCCACAAUUUUUUUUAUUUAUUUAUUUCCUGCCAUACCGGAGUUUGCAUCUCUUUGUAACUUAUUAUUAUUAUUGUCAUUAUAAUCUUUCCUCUGGAAAACAGCGGGUGCUUACCCCUUGUUAGACGUUUAUUAGGUGACAUUGAAAUAGGUGUCCUAAAAGAAAUUGUGAAGAUUGGGUAUAACUGCAUUUCUUUAAAACGCAAUUGGGAAAA